AGCUAGAACGUGCAAUCUGCGGCUAUGGUGAAGACAUGUCCGUGUUACCAGACGGCUACUUCGACGUGGUCCUGAUGACCUACGUGCUCUGCUCUGCAAAAAAUGGCCGCAAUGUCCUCGAUGAAUGCAAGCGUGUUCUCGCAAAGGGUGGAAUUCUCCUCUUUAGCGAACACGUGGGGCACCCCAAAGAGAGCCUGGCAAGAUUUUUCGAAGACUUCUUCACACCGUUCACCAGAAAUCUCACCUGUGGCUGCCACUUGAAUCGUGAUACUGCGAACUUGAUCAAGAAUUCUGGAUUUCCUAACCUUGAAAUACAGGAGAUUGACUUAGAUAUUCCAUUUUUGUUUAGCCGGCAAAUAUACGGUGUCGCCACAGCAUAAAAUAAACU